AACAAACAAUUCGAUACUGGCUUUUCAAGUUUUUAUUUAAAAUAUGUACAUCCAACGUAUUAGCAUCCACUAUUGAUACCAAUAAUAGCUUAAAAACAUUUCUGUGCUUAUUAUGGUACAUAGUCCCAGUUCAAGCUGUGUGAAUAGAAGAAAGUAGAGAUUUAAAAAAUGAGUGAUUAUGAAUAUAUGAGUGGUUUUGGAUCUUUUUUUUCAUCAGAAGAUAAGAGAUGCCCCAACUCGCUACCAAUUGGUCAAAAUUCUCCUCAGAUAUGCCCUUACGGGCUAUACGCCGAACAAUUAUCGGGCACUGCAUUUACAGCACCACGAAAAGAAAAUUUGCGUUCAUGGUUAUACAGGAUUCGUCCUAGUGUUAUGCAUGAACCGUUUUUGCCGUUUGCCGGUAAAACGGGCCUUUGCACUGAUUUAAAUACCCGGCCUCCGAAUCCAAACCAGAUGCGAUGGAAGCCCUUCGAUAUUCCUUUAAAUGACCGCAUUAAUUUUGUCGAAGGCUUACAUACAGUAUGUGGCUCAGAUGAUAUACACUGCAAUAACGGUAUUGCUAUUCAUGUGUACCUUUGCACAAUUUCUAUGGAAAAAACAGCAUUCUACAAUAGCGAUGGUGACUUUUUGAUAGUGCCCCAAAAAGGUGUUCUAGAAAUCACCACUGAGUUUGGCAAAUUAAAAGUAAAGCCGAAUGAAAUCUGUGUUAUUCCUCAAGGCAUUCGAUAUUCGGUUAACAUAACAGAACCGUCAAGGGGAUAUAUUCUCGAAGUUUACAACAAUCACUUCCAGCUACCUGACCUAGGACCGAUUGGAGCAAAUGGACUAGCAAAUCCACGAGAUUUUAAAACACCCGUUGCCUGGUUUGAGGACAAUGAAAAAGAAUUUCAGAUUAUAUCAAAGUACCAGGGGCAGCUCUUUACUGCUACACAAUCUCACUCACCAUUUGAUGUCGUCGCCUGGCAUGGAAAUUACGUCCCUUACAAAUAUGAUCUAUCAAAUUUUAUGGUUAUAAAUUCCGUUAGCUUUGACCAUUGCGACCCCAGCAUCUUUACGGUACUCACUUGCCCCAGCCUACGCGCAGGCACGGCUGUUGCAGACUUCGUUAUAUUCCCACCGCGUUGGGCUGUUCAAGAGCACACUUUCCGACCUCCAUAUUAUCACCGAAAUUGUAUGACCGAAUUUAUGGGGCUAAUUCUGGGUAAAUACGAAGCAAAAGAAGGCGGAUUUUUGCCUGGAGGUGCGACUCUUCAUUCCAAAAUGACUCCACAUGGCCCGGAUUACAAUUGCUUCGAGAAAGCAACCAGUGCAAAACUAGUACCAGAACGAGUAGCCGAGGAUACACAGGCUUUCAUGUUUGAGACAUCACUUAACUUGAAAACAACAAGGUGGGCAGAAGAAACAUGUCAAAAAUUGGAUCGGGAAUACUUUACAUGUUGGAAAGGACUGAAGAAAAAUUUUAAUCCGCAUUCCUCUUAAUUUUAUUUCUUAAUAAUUAUGUGUCAUAAAAUGCGUAGAAUACUUCGUCAAUAAAAAUUUUAUUGUUGGUUUCAAGGAGAAUCAA